AUGCCCGGCACUCAGGCUGUCACCAAGUCGGAAAGCAUAUCGAGAGACGACAAGAAGGAGAAGCGCACGAGUCGCGCGUGCUUGAAUUGCCGCAGCCGGAAGAGUGCUUGCAAUCUACCGACCGAUGAGAGCGGACAGAUUACCACCCCAUGCGAGAGGUGCAAGGCGUCCAACUUGGAGUGCGUCAUUGGCUCGAGCAACCGCGGCGGACGACGCGUUCGGAAGCGCACAUUGGAUCAUGCCAAGAUUCUCGAUGACAAUCCUCGGAAACACCUUCGCCAGUCCAGUGAGGUGACAGCUGGCGCAGAUGAGCGCUAUCAAUCCGAAGAACUCUCCUACAGCAACGACCGUGAGGUCUGGCCGACCGAUUACCACAAUGGCGUCGCACUGUCCGACACGCUGAACCCAUCUACGCCGCGCAUCAUGCUCGACCCAGCGUUACAGGCAGCAGAUGUGGGCGCCAGAGACUCUUACCUAGGUACUACUCAAGCAACACGAGAAAGCUCGACGCUGUCGACGAGUAACAUUGCCUUCAACGACUUGCAGAACCCCAGUGAUGCGCUCGGGAUACUGGCGCAGAUUGCCAGCCACGGGGAAAAUGCUGGGCCAGCUCUCGUCCCGAGCCAUGGAAACUCAUCCUAUGGCCAAGGCCAGUCGCAGAUGGACUACGUUCUCGUGAGAGACGGCAGACUCUCGUUGUCAAAGAUCAUACAGUUGCUGCAGCGAUACAAGCAUUACUAUCACCCGUACUUCCCGAUCGUUCCCGAGGCCACAUUGGAUGCCACCAACUUGAGCAAGACGGCACGGGACGAGAAACAUCUAUUGACCGCCGUCCUGGUCAUUGCUUCCAGAGAUCUGAUCGACGAGCCCACCAUCUUCAUCGCCUGCUCAGAGUACAUGAGGUCUUUGGUCUCAGUACUUGCAGCAGGCGGCGAGGGCAAAGUAGAAGCUGUGGAGGCGCUGCUAGUCCUUGCCGAAUGGACGCCAUACACUUCACGAUCGGAUGCUGGUCAUGUGGGUCGAGGCGAAGAGGACCGAGAAGCAUGGAUGCACGUUGGGAAUGCACUACGGAUAGGCUACUUCCUUGGACUUGACCGAUACUCCUUUCAAGUCCGCGGAGACGAUGUGAAAGAUCCUCAGUGGCAACGAAAGCGUCUGGUCUGGACUGCUUGCUACAUUAGUGACCGGCAGAUAAGCAUAAGACUGGGUAGAGCUUUCUGGUCAAGAGGUCCUGGGCCACUCACAACACUGUCAAAGGCAGACUUCCCGAUGCUGGCACCGACUGCCCCUGGAGGCGAGGACUAUGCGAGUAUAUUCCAAGCUACCCUUGAGCUUACGUUGCUCUUCUCCAACGUCCACGAUGUGCUCUACUCGAAUCCUGGAAACAGCAUGAGGAGCCAUCUUAGCGGCGGCUACAUCAAGUACAUUGACGACUUUCGAAGUGCUAUCUAUGGAUGGAAGAGUGUGUGGGGCACUCUCACGUGCUCAGGACCUCUCAAGGCUACGCUGCUAAUGUCGUACGACUACCUACGACUGUACACCAAUGCCUUUGCUUUCCAUGCUACCGUCAAGCGUGCACUACCGCAGAUUCAGCAAGGGCAAGAAAACAGGCGCUCGGCGCAUCCUCAACCCGGUCGUGUCUUCUACAACAACGUCGGGGCUGUCGGAGACGCACGAUUCAUAUACGAAGGUCUGGAUGCCGCAAAGAACCUUCUGAGCAUGGUCAACACUUUCGUGGACCCAGAGAAGUCACUACGACACAUGCCGCUACGCUUCUACCUCUAUUGCAUCUAUUCGGGAGUCUUCCUCUACCGAGCACGAUGUGUUGGUGUUCUUGCUUCGGACGAAGAACAGUCCGUCCGAUCACUGGUUCAAGAGACGAUCAAUCGACUCGAAAGAUCUGCUAUCGGCACCCACCACCCUGGAAACAGAUACUCUCAGCUGUUGCGACUACUGUGGGAUAAAGUCGAGCGCAAAGAACGUAAAGGCAAUUCUUCUACCGCCACGAUCGCCAAUCCAUACAGGCCUGGCAGUGUUGGUGGACCUACUCCGAAUUCGAACGCCUCGGGAGGACCUACGUCGGCUGCCUUGCAGCAAGAUAACUCGCCAGCUUUCACAGAGCCAAUGGGCGACUUCUCUUGGACUGAUCUUGAUGCUAUCGGCAACUUUGCUAUCAAUGGUAAUGGAGGUGCUACCAUGAAUGAUGCUGAGUGGUGGUCUGGGUUCUUGCCGGCCGACUCCAACAACUUUUUGUUCGAGACACUGCCCGGUAUGGAUGAUUGGAACCUUGGGAUGCAGUGA